AUGAGUCGGCUUUUCGCUCCUCUGUUGCGGAAUGUGGUAGUUGUGAGGUGUCGUCGUUAUGGAAGUGAAGCGGUAGCUACGACAGUCAGAGAAGGAAAACGGCGCCUCCAACCAAUAGAUGGACCGGGUCUCGAACAUUUCAUCCAGAAGUCUCACAGGGCUCGCCUUCCGAAGAUCUCCCCAACCAUAGAGGAGUCCAGCUCAUAUUUGGAUCCCGCAGACAUAUCAGGACAAGGACGAAAGGUGAAAUACAUCACUUAUGGAUGUCAAAUGAAUGUGAACGAUAUGGAAGUCGUUCGCGCAUUGCUGAAGAACAGCGACUAUGUUGAAACCGAAGACUUACAAGAUGCAGAUGUAAUCGUUCUGAUCACAUGCUCAAUUCGUGAAGGAGCUGAAGAGAAAGUAUGGCGUGAAUUGAAGCGAAUUCGGAAUAUUGUGGCAAAACGGCGCAGACCAGUAGUCGGUGUUCUAGGUUGUAUGGCUGAACGUGUGCGGCAUGGUCUUCUUUCAAAGAAGGGAUUAGUCGAUGUUGUUGCUGGUCCCGAUGCCUAUAGGGAUUUACCUCGUCUGAUAGCUGUUGCUCGGGCCGGUAGUAGUGCAAUUAACGUUCAACUAUCUGUAGAAGAAACAUAUGCCGAUGUUCAACCUGUUCGAGUCGACAGUAACUCGAGGACCGCAUUUGUAGGCCGGGAACGAAGUCGUCCGAUUGAUUCUAUUAUCGAUGAGGUUCGACGAUUGAGCGAUGAGGGUUUCAAACAAAUCACUUUAUUGGGUCAGAAUGUCAAUAGCUAUAGAGACAUGUCCGAAUCUAGCUACGUAGUGGAUGCCGCUCUGCCAACCGGUACUGUUCCAGGAUUUUCGACGGUUUACAAGCCGAAGACAGGUGGGCGGACAUUUCUGACACUCCUUGAAAAGAUCUCCGAAGUGGAUCCUGAAAUGCGUAUUCGUUUCACGUCACCACAUCCCAAGGAUUUUCCGAUCGAGGUGAUCAAAUUGAUCAAAGAACGACCAAACAUUUGUAAUCAGUUACAUUUACCUGCACAAAGUGGUGACGAUGAUACAUUAGAGCGGAUGGGACGUGGCUAUACUAGAGAAGCUUAUCUGCGAUUGGUAGACGACAUACGAGGAGUGCUUCCAGACGUAAGCCUAACUAGUGAUUUCAUUGCUGGCUUUUGCGGUGAAACUGAAGACGCUCAUAGGAGGACGGUCGAGUUGAUACGAAAUGUUAAAUAUACAUUUUGUUAUGUCUUUCCGUACAGCAUGAGAGAGAAGACUCGUGCUCAUUAUCGAUUAACGGACGACGUACCCGAGGAUGUGAAACGACGGCGACAUGAAGAGCUAGCUGCAGUUUUCCGUGAGGAAUCAUUGGCAUUCAAUACGUCCCUCAUGGGAACUGAACAGCUCGUGUUGGUUGAAGGGGUAUCUAGACGAUCUCCAACGGCUUUGCAAGGCCGUGCAGACUGUGGAACAAAGGUCAUAUUUGAGAACAGCGCACACUAUGAGUCUGGAGACUAUGUGGUUGUGAAGAUCAAUGACUGUUCUUCUCAAACUUUGCGAGGCGAUCUGUACGGAAGACCACUUUGA